ACGAUUCAAGCCCUUCUUAGACUUGACACAUUAAUAAUUGUUUCACUUUACUUAAAUAUUUUUAUUUAAGAAAUAAACCUAAGUAUAGUUCAUUAGUGUAACACAAAUUACAUUAAUCAAUUCACUUAUUAAAUGUAUUUAAGACAGAGCAACUCAAAAUGAAUUGUUUUCAUUUGGGACCGCCCCUUUGCACAUCACCUUUGCGCAUGCACAAGAUCCGUUCUGUCAUUUGCCGCCUUUUGUCUAACACUGACGGUGUGAAACUGACGGUGGAAAGUCUAUUAUUUGUUUGAUCAGCAUUAACAAGCAUCUUGGGGCAACCUCUUAUUUAUGGUUAUGCAUGUGGCAGUGCAAACACUGCAGUUUGGAACUAGCUAGCAGGUAUUUGUUGUUAAAACAUUUCCGGCAGACACAUGCACAUUUAAGGGGCAGUUGUCGCUAUCCAUGUCCAUAUACUGAUUGCCCAUGUUCGUUUGACACAUGGAGUAAACUUUUAAAUCACACAUACAAAACUCAUGCUAAACAGCUAACACCAAAGCCAGUAGAAUUACCUACAUUUAAGUGUCAUGUGUGCUCACGUAGAGACUUAACAGAAAAAGAUUUCUUCCAACAUAUUAAUGGACAUCUCAGGCAUAAUGAAACUGUACCAUGUAUGUUUCUAGGAUGCACAUUUAAAACUAACAUUUACAGUACAUUCAACACACACAAAAAUAGGAAACACAGACAACAUUCACUUAAAGACUUUAUAGCCAAUGUUGUCAGUACAAGUGGUGAGUUGGAUCAGUCACACAGUUCUGCAGUUGGUCCAACGGAGUCUGUCGAUAUAGACCAGGAAUAUGAAACACUAAGUUGUGGUGAUGCUUCAGAAAUACACCUUCCAAAUUUAAUCGAAGAAAAAAUUGCAUGCAUUUUAUUGAAGUUGGAAAAUAUUGUUCACAUUCCAAAGACAGUUAUUGAUGAAGUCCUUUCUGAACUUCACUACAUAUUAAGUACAUCAUCUUUGCCUGUCACUAGAGCUAUUGUUUCUGAUGUAUUACAGAGCCAUAAACUACAGGUUGAAGAUUCAGUAGUUGGUGAGCUUUCCACUGCUCUAUGCAAUUCUAGUCCAUUGGCCACAGCUAUUGCAAAGGAUGGCCCUCUUGCUACAGCAUAUAAACGUACACAGUACUAUACAUCUCAUUUUGGUGUUUUAGAGCCGGUUGAGUACAUACUAGAUGCCCAGAGGAAUAGGACAUUUCAAUAUAUCCCUCUGUUAAAGUCUUUGCAACAUUUGCUCUCUCAUAAAGGUGUCCUUGAACAUAUUGAAACGCAACAGCGGCUAUUGGCUGUUCCCCAAGAGUACAGAACUGUAAGAGACGGUGAGUACUAUAAACAGAAUUCGUUUUUUUCUGAUGAAGGUUUGAGAAUCUCUGUAAAUCUUUAUGUUGAUGAUUUUGAGAUUUGUAACCCUCUUGGGACAUCUCGAAAGACACACAAACUUUGUGGUGUAUAUUGGGUUUUGGGUAAUUUGCCACCAGGUUCCCAUUCAACACUAAACUCAAUCUAUUUAGCUGUUCUAUGCAAAUCUGAUGAUGUUAAGACCUAUGGCUAUGGAAAAGUGUUGGAGCCUCUCUUGCAAGACUUAAGCAUAUUAGAACAGCACGGUGUAUUUAUAUCUCAGCUUGGUCAGUUUGUUAAAGGUUCUGUCCAGUGUGUUAUAGCUGACAAUCUUGGAGCCCAUGGGCUCGGGGGAUUUGUUGAGAGUUUUUCAGCUGGGUCAGUAUGCAGGUUUUGUAUUGGAGUCAAAUCAGAUUUUCAGACUAAGGAUGUCCAGUCAGGUGCUUUCCAACUGAGAACAAGAGACAUCCAUGAUGUUCAUGUCCAGUCUGCUCAGGAGAAUGCAACUAUUUGCUGUGGUGUAAAAAAGCAGUGUGUUUUAACAGAGCACCUUUCCCAUUUUCAUGUAACUACUGGUUAUCCUCCUGACAUUGUGCACGACCUUUUUGAAGGUGUUGUACCAGUUGAACUGGCUCGUUGUAUGAGUUUGUUGAUCUCCAAAAAAUACUUCACUUUUGAAAGGCUCAACACAUUGAUUCAGACAUUUCCGUACAAAUGGGGGGACAGAACCAAUCGCCCCCAUGCCAUACCACGCUCUUUCACAUCUAGAAACACAAUAGGUGGCAAUGCGCAUGAAAACUGGACCUUAAUAAGACUGCUUCCCUUUGUGAUUGGGCACAUUUUACCAGAAGAUGAACCAGCGUGGCAGCUAAUUCUAGAUCUUAAGGACAUAGUUGAGUUGGUUGUGGCCCCUGUUCACACAGAUGAGACCAUUGCUUAUCUUGAAGCCAAGAUCUAUGAUCAUAGGCAGCGCUAUCUUGAACUCUUUCCACAUGUAAAGCUCUUACCAAAACAUCACUUUUUAGAGCACUAUCCGCAAAUGAUUCGUUGCUUCGGGCCUCUAAUUGUACUGUGGACAAUGAGAUUUGAGGCUAAACAUAGCUUCUUCAAGCAGGUUGCUCGUCACACCAAUUGCUUUAAGAACAUACCUCGUUCACUAGCUACUAAACACCAGUUCAUGCUUGCCUAUCACACACAUUCCUCCAGUGUCAAGAAGUCAUCCUUGGAGGUCACACAUGUCUCAAUCCUGCCUGUUGAUGUCCUUAAUGAGGGAGUCGUGUCUACACUGAAACAAAGUUUCCCAGAUGUGACUGAGGUUCAUAUGGCAAACAAUGUGUCUAGCUUGGGUAUACGUUACUGCGAGGGGAUGAUUAUUGUACACGGAUCUGCAGAUGGACUGCCUAAAUUCCAUGAGAUCAUUAAACUUUGCAUUGUUAAGGAGAAGUUGUGUUUUCUGGUAAAAGACGCAUGUGCUUGGUACAGAGAGCAUUAUGGUGCUUUUGAGCUGUCUGCCUCGCCCAAUACAGAGGUUGCCGUUAUUGAGCUUGCUGACUUGGUAGACCCCUAUCCCCUUGUUGACUACAUGGUUGGGAGUUUGCGCAUGGUAAUGUUGAAAAGAUUCAUCAUUGUUAAAGAUUAAAAGGUGUUCCAUAAUGGCAGGUCGGGCGCUUCUGCGCAUCAUCUUUGCCGACCAGUCUGACUCUAGAAAACUGACCCUGGAUUCGGGAAUCCCAGCAACAGUUGAAGAACUGCACACAUUUGUCAAGACAUCUCUUCAAUUGAAAGAGGACUUCCGUCUGCAAUACAUGGAUGUUGACUUUAACGAGUUCAUGAAUCUUACAUCAGUGUCUGAAAUUCAGGAUAAAAGCACACUGAAAGUAAUUUACUCUCCUAUAUUGUCAAAUAUUGAGCCCUCCAUCACUUUGUACACAGUUGACUCAUUUGAUAAGACCUCAAUUACUGGAAGCUCAGAGCCUCUAAUCCCUGAAUCAUCAAUAGCCUCAUGCUGCAGUGAUGAUAUGGUGUAUACGUCAACCCCGCAUCCAUCCCCUGAAGCUCAGGCCUCACAAUUGUUAUCCUGGCCCACAGUUUUUGUGGUUCCUAAGCUCACCUACGAGGCUGAAUUUGAGCUUCAUCUAAAGAAUGCAGAGUUUGAGACAACUGGUACAUACUUCCAGCCUGGCCUAAAGCUGAAAGGAGUCAUUCUUGAUGGCCUAGCCCAAGAAAUGAUCAAAUUCACAAAAUAUCCGAAAGACUAUCAGUGUGAAGAGGUAGCUGCAGCGUUGACGAGGGCCCACCCUUGUUUGGGGCAGCUAGGAUCCAAGACAGGAUUUGGGGGGUGGAAACAGUCUCUUAAGUACAAAAUGCAAAACUAUCGUACAAAGCUUGGCCGUCUUGGACAUCCUGAAAUCCUUGUGAACUCCUUAAAGCACAAGAAAACAGGCCAAGGCAAAGCUGCAGCAAACAUAAAAAAACCAAGAAAAGCUGAAGUAAACUACAUUCCUCUGCACCCAAAAGGCGAAACCACAGAAAGCUUGGAGAACGAGAGAAUUGCCUUAUUGUCAGAACUGAAAAAGCGUGACAAUGAAGUGGUGAUAAAAGCAAAAAUGGAAAAAACCUUCUCCCACAGACGCCUUGAGAUUGUGGAGCAAAGGCCUUUGAUAGGGGACUUCAAAUGCAGAUGGCCUGCUCUGUUUCAGCAGAGUGAAGUGAAUGCGGAGUUUUUGAGGAUCACAACAUCACCACUUCAAUCAAAGUUCAUGUGGCAGCUGGACCACUUCUCAGACAAGCUCUUGAAGAUCUUCAAGACCAAAGGAGGACUAAAGGGCCACAAAAUCAAGGAAGCCCUUGCAAUAUCAGAUUCGUUUGAAAACAUCCACAUCAAGAGGGGGUGCAUCCUGCGAAGCAUCGCGAUCUACCUCAACGAGGAUCCAGACUCUUUUUUUAAGGAGUAUCAGGCCUCUGCCUCUGAAGAUGCCAAGAGGGACAUGGCAAACACAGUCAUGGGCAUAUACACACUUCAAAGAGAUGUGGAUGGGCAGCCAGAGGACGUGGGAAUUGUCAUCGAAGGCAAUAUAGUCAUGGACAACUUGGGCAGCGUGAUUGUGGGGUUUGUCAUGCUAUUGGGACUUAUUUAUGCCCUGGAUUUGAGCUUUCCGGACAACCUCAAACACACCUUCGAGUUCAUGCAGAAGGUAGUGAUGAAUCUGGAUGGGCACAAGCUGAAUGGUAAAAUCGAAAGUCUGAAGAUCAAGUUGUUCGAUUGAAAUGUGAAAAAGAAGUGACUCAUGAGUUCAUUGUUGUCAUUUUAUUCACGAGUUUCCUAGUCAGAGCAGAUUGAGCCGUUAUAUCAAUCAUUUGUUCUGUGCUUUUCUGUAUUUGUUUCAACACACUGUAACACUAUUUCCAUAUGUUGGUGUUUGCAGUGCACUCUUUAUGUUAUGUGUUAUUGUCCUGUUAGAAGAGCAGUGC